AUGUGCGAGCCACCCCCCACCUGCCAUCUGCCACCAUCUCCCACUCCUGCAGCUCUUCUCACAGGACGAGCCACCAGCCCAGCCUCAAGCGAUGGCCUUUGUCCCUGCACCGGGCUACCAGCCCACCUACAACCCGACGCUGCCCUACUGCAAGCCCAUCCCGGGCGGGCUCAGCGUGGGAAUGUCUGUUUACAUCCAAGGAGUGGCCAGCGACCACAUGAAGCGGUGGUGGUAAAUGGAAAUCCCUUCUAUGAGUACGGGCACCGGCUCCCCCUACAGAUGGUCACCCACCUGCAAGUGGAUGGGGACCUGCAACUUCAAUCAAUCAACUUCAUCGGAGGCCAGCCGCCCCCAUCACCCCAGGGACCCCAGAUGAUGCCAGCUUACCCUGGUCCUGGACAUUUCCAUCAACAGCUGAACAGCCUGCCCUCUAUGGAGGGACCCCCAGUCUUCAACCCGCCUGUGCCAUAUUUCCGGAGGCUGCAAGGAGGGCUCACAGCUCGAAGAACUGUCAUCAUCAAGGGCUUUGUGCCCCCCACAGGCAAGAGCUUUACCGUCAACUUCAAGGUGGGCUCCUCAGGGGACAUAGCUCUGCACAUUAAUCCCCGCAUUGGCGACCGUACCGUGGUCCGGAACAGCCUGGUGAAUGGCUCGUGGGGAUCUGAGGAGAAGAACAUCUCCCACAACCCCUUUGGUCCCGGACAGUUCUUUGAUCUGUCCAUUCGCUGUGGCUUGGAUCGCUUCAAGGUUUUCGCCAAUGGUCAGCACCUCUUUGACUUCACCCAUCGCAUCUCAGCCUUCCAGAGGGUGGACACGGUGGAAGUCCUUGGUGAUGUCACCUUGUCUUAUGUCCAGAUCUAAUCUAUUCCUGGGGCUAUAACUCAUGGGAAAACAAAGAUUUCCUAGGACUCCUUUCUAAGCCCCUAAUAAAAUGUCUGAGGGAGUCUAA